ACUUAAUCAUACUAGUAAUUCUCCUGAUUACUUUUAUCUAUAUGGCUUUCUACUUGUACUUCUGGCUUGCGGCUGAGAAUGAUUCAAAUGAUUUUAAUUGGAAUUUUACAGUAGAAUUUAAAAUGAAACAUGUACCAUGGUAUAGAAUAAUGCUGUCCUUAGCAGUGGUUGCAUUUUGGUAUCUUGCAAUUUUAGUGGGUCUAUCAAUAUAUCGUAUUUCUAUGGGACAUGAAGUACAUAUACAUCCAUUCCAUGUAGUGAUGAUAAUCAUCAAUUUUUUGAGUUGCAUUGGCUACACAAUUGCCUUGAAUACUUUCUGGCCAUCUGUGUGGGCAAUGCUGAAACUAUCAUUUCAAGUUUAA